UCCCUGCGUGUAUGUAUGAACUAUGAUGCCAAAGGGAGAGUCUUUCGCAUGAAUUUUGAUCGAUUUCAUGUUCCUCAUUUUGUGCCGUCGGCGAAGGCGGCGUCUCAUCGGCCGGGGAGGGGUCGCCGCCAUGGGCUGCGCGUCGUCGAAGCAGGUGCAGCGGCGGCCGCCGGGGUACGAGGAGCCGGCCGUCCUCGCCGCCCAAACCGCGUUUACGGUGAACGAGGUGGAGGCGCUGCGCGAGCUGUACAACAAGAUGAGCCAUUCCAUCAUCAAGGAUGGCCUCAUCCACAAGGAGGAGUUUCAGUUUGCCUUGUUCAGGAACAGCAGGAAGGUGAAUCUCUUCGCGGACAGGGUUUGUUCUCGUUCAGUCCUGGUGUUUGAUUUGUUUGAUCUGAAGCGAGACGGGGUAAUCGAAUUCGGGGAGUUUGUGCGGUCGCUCAGUGUGUUCCACCCAAAAGCACCUAAAUCAGAAAAGACUGCGUUUGCAUUCAAGCUAUAUGAUCUAAGGGGGACAGGCUACAUUGAGAAAGAAGAGCUCAGAGAAAUGGUCUUGGCACUUCUAGAUGAGUCAGAUCUACGUCUUUCAGAGAGCGCUGUCGAGGCAAUUGUUGAUAAUACAUUCAGCCAAGCAGACUCAAAUGGAGAUGGCAGGAUAGACCUCGAGGAAUGGGAGGAGUUUGUUAAGGCGAACCCAGCAUCACUAAGGAACAUGUCACUUCCCUAUUUACAGGACAUUACCAUGGCAUUUCCUAGCUUUGUAGUGCAUUCAGAAGCCCUUGACUGAGAAGAUCCAGGUGCAAUGUCCUACAUGCAACCACAGUUGUGUUCCAUAUGCAUGGACCAUUGUGGCUAAAGCUCCAGGCAGCUCAGCUCCUUGCAGGUGCAGAAUUUCAGAAGUAGGUUGCAACUGAAUUCUCUGAUCAUCACAGCAUGACGCCAUGAGCAACAGAAUGAUAUCUGAUAACUAUCAGAUUGGCUUUCUUAUGCCUAUGUAUAAGGAAUACAGAGGCCCAGUAAGCAGCAGCACUGCAGCAAAUUGUUCAAAGGAAGCAGCUGUAGUUGAAGUACUUGCCGUUGCUGAAAUGCUUUCGUUGUACGUCUUGUAUGUAUAGUUGUAAGUCAGAAGUGAUACUGAUGACCAUUGACCUGUAGUUGAAGUAUAUGCAACUAUGCAGGUGUUCGUUUCCUCUGUAAAGUAACUUUGAUGGUCCAAAGCAGAGGCCUGGAAGAACCAAAAUGUCUUUGUAAAAGCGUUUGUCGUGUGAGAAAUCUGCUCCCACCAGACACAGUGAUGAGUGGAAAAUAGAUCGACCAAUCUCUAGCAAAGCAAAUGAUACUAAUAUCAUAUAUUGAGCUAUCUUAUAUUCUUUAAGAAAAAUCAAUGAACU